GUAUUAUAAUUAUGCUUGAUUUUUGAUUACAGUAUUUAUUAAUUUAUAGGUUAGUAGCCGUAAUGCCAUUAGCCAAUAGUAUGUAGUCUGUGGCCAUUAGAUAGUAAGAUAAAAAGUUCAAAGUUUAACUUUCAACAGAAUAAAAUUGCAUACUUUCAAUAAAAAACAAUUGUCUAGUUAAAACACACAUCAAGUGCUCUAAACUGAAGUGCUAAACAACGCAAGGUCCAAUGGUAUUAAUUUAGUUUUCGACUUACACUAGAGAAGGAAAUUAUUUUUUUUAUUUAUUUGCAAUUAAAACCAUGAAUACUAUAAACUCAAUCCGUGCGGCAAUUUAUAGGACUUGCCAAAUUAAAUAUAUUAUGCCCACAUGCAAAUUUAGUACGGAAUUAAAAACCGAUGUUCAGGGGCAAACCAUCAAUUAUCUUAAAGUAGGGCAUGGACCUAAAAACAUUUUCUGCUUCCCUGGCGCUCUUGGAACUAUCUGGAGUGAUUUUAAACCUCAAAUCGAAGGACUAAGUCCGWGCCAAUUUACUAUAAUAGCAUGGGAUCCUCCAGGCUAUGGUGCAAGCAGGCCGCCCAACAAAUCUUUCAAUCGUCGAUUUUACGAAAAUGACGCUGAAACAGCUCAUGCUUUGUUGCAGCAACUCGGAAUUUCGAAAUACUCGUUAUUAGGAUGGAGCGAUGGGGGUAUUUCAAGUAUAAUAUUGGCUGCGAAACAUGCUGACAACGUAGAAAAGCUCAUGAUUUGGGGAGCAAAUGCUUAUAUCCUUCCUGGAGAUCUGGAAGCUUUUGAAAAAAUUAGGGAUGUAAGCAAAUGGUCAUCACGAAUGGCAGAUCCUUUGAUCAAAUUGUACACUAAAGACGGCCUACAGGAAAUGUGGGGUAGUUGGUGUGACACGAUGGUAGAGAUUUUCAAGAACGGCGGAGACAUUUGCAAAUCGUCCUUGGCAGAUAUUCAGUGCCCAACGUUAAUUUUACAUGGUCAUAAAGACCCUUUAGUUGCACAGGAACAUCCAAUGCACUUGUUGGAAAACAUAAGAAAUGCAAGAUUGCAUGUGUAUCCUGAAGGCAAACACAAUAUCCAUCUAAAAUACGCUGAGGACUUUAAUGCAAUUGUUUCAAAGUUUAUCAUGUCUGAUUCAUGUCUGUAAAUUAGCAUACAUUGGGGAAGUUAAACUUAAAAAUUUGUCUGUAACUGUAAAUAAAAAGUUUAUUUGUAUAUCAAUAAAGGUAGAGUUGUAAAAA